UAGCUGCUGGCCCGCCGGCUUGGACGCCUGCUUUACCUCCUAUUCAGCUGUGGCUGCAGCUGCUGUGCUGACUCAUGUGCCCCAGCAGACAGCAGGAGCUGGAAGCAUGGGCUCCCCGGGGGCCCUGGCGGGCUGGGGGCUUCUGGAUUACAAAACGGAGAAGUAUGUGAUAACCAGGAACUGGCGGGUGGGCGCCCUGCAGAGGUUGCUGCAGCUCGGGGUCAUGGCCUACGUGGUGGGGUGGGCUCUCCUCACCAAAAAAGGCUACCAGGAGCGAGACCUGGACCCCCAGAUUUCCGUCAUCACCAAACUCAAAGGGGUUUCUGUGACCCAGAUCGAGGAGCUGGGUAACCGACUGUGGGAUGUGGCAGACUUCGUGAAGCCACCACAGGGAGAGAAUGUGUUCUUCUUGGUGACCAAUUUUCUUGUGACGCCAGAACAAGUUCAGGACAGAUGUCCAGAGCACCCUUCCAUCCCGCUGGCUAACUGCUGGGCUGAUGAGGACUGUCCGGAAGGGGAGACGGGGACACACAGCCACGGCAUAAAAACCGGCCAAUGUGUGGAAUUCAACGGGACCCACAGGACCUGUGAGAUCCAGGGCUGGUGCCCCGUGGAGAGCGGCACUGUGCCCAUGAAGCCCCUACUGGUCCAGGCAGAGAACUUCACCUUGUUCAUCAAGAACACUGUCACCUUCAGCAAGUUCAACUUCUCCAAGUCCAAUGCCUUAGACACCUGGGACGCCACUUAUUUCAAGCGCUGUCGCUACGACUCACGCUACAGCCCUUACUGCCCUGUGUUCCGCAUUGGGGAUCUCGUGGCUGCAGCUGGAGGGGUCUUUGAGGACCUGGCAUUGCUGGGAGGUGCUGUGGGCGUCCGAGUCCACUGGGAUUGUGACCUGGAUGCUGGGGGCUCCGACUGUCGGCCCCACUACUCCUUCCAGCUGCAGGAGAGGAGCUACAACUUCAGGUGCGGCCCCUACUGCCCUCCUGCUGUUCCUUAG